AUGACAACCCUCCUUGAGCGUGUUCAACAAGCCCGCGCUCGCGAGGCUGCCCAGGCCGGCAGUCCUCCCUCAGAGUCGCAGCCCUCACGACUACCUUACUCAUCGUGGCUGGAGCCAGCUCAAGAUGGACCUUUUACCAGACAAACAUUUCUCGAACGGUGGCUCGCCGAUCUCGAGACGCCAACCGAGUUGAAUCGCAGCCUGGCUGAGAAGAAGCAACAGCACAGUGAACUUUUCCGCUCAUUACCGCCAACUCAUACGAUAGAAACCUCCACAGUAGUCAGACGCUGGACCACAGGAUGUCUGGUCGAGUCUCCAGACACAGACGAGCUGCUGUGCGUGGGAGCAUUCGCAACAAACAAGCCAGAACGGUACGUUAAAACUUUCUUGAAUGGUGUUAUUCUCUUUUGUCGUCCUCAAAGUAACACUCCCCAUCGAAGCCCCGUGACCACCGCCCUGAGCAUAUCACUAGAUGAUGAAGCUUCAAGGGGGGUGAAGUCUCCGGUCAAAGCUCCAGCCUCUUGUCCCCCCAGCGUCAAGGGCAAGCUGUGA